CACACAAACACUUAGAGGUAGAGUUAGAGGUGAACAACACACACACACACACACACACAGUGUACAGCAGUUCCGCUGGAGCGGCUGUGACAUCAGUCAGCAUGAGAGGAGCUAAGUUUCCAGGCUGAUCGGUGCUGUCGCAAUCACAGAGUGGACGUGAAGCCCCGGGACGUCGAGGAUCCGCGGGGACACUGGCCAGAAACAGCCGCUCUGACACGCGCGGUGCUCGGAUACUCAGCAGCAGCAGUAGCGGCGGCGGCGGCAGGAGGACCAGGGCGAGUGUGUGAGGCGAGGCGGCGGGACCCGCUGCUAGCGAAACAUGAACAAGAACCACCGGGUGCCGAGCAGCCGUUCACUCAGUGCCGUGGAGGUGAAGAGCAAGUUUGGUGCAGAGUUUCGUCGGUUCUCUUUGGAUCGGUCCAAGCCGGGCCGAUUUGACGAGUUCUAUGGCCUCCUGCAGCACGUACACCGCAUCCCCAAUGUGGACUUGUUGGUGGGCUACGCUGAUGUGCAAGGCGACCUACUGCCCAUCAACAACGAUGACAACUACCACAAGGCCAUCUCCACUGCCAGUCCUCUGCUCAGGCUGUUCCUGCAGAGGAAAGAGGAAGCUGAUUACACAACCUUUGGUACCAACUCGCUGACCAGGAAGAAAAACACUGUGCUUUCUGCGGUUCUUCUACGGCCUGACACCAACAGGAAAAAACCUCCUGUCAUCAUCAGCCUCCCUAAGGACUUUCGCCCCGUGUCCUCCAUCAUCGAUGUGGACAUCCUCCCUGAGACGCACCGACGUGUACGCCUCUACAAGCAUGGUCAGGAAAAACCAUUGGGCUUCUACAUCCGUGAUGGUUCCAGUGUACGGGUCACCCCACAGGGCCUGGAGAAGGUGCCGGGGAUAUUCAUCUCUCGCAUGGUGCCUGGUGGGCUGGCAGAGAGCACCGGCCUGCUAGCAGUCAACGAUGAGGUGCUGGAAGUGAACGGUAUUGAGGUGGCCGGGAAGUCUCUGGACCAGGUGACGGACAUGAUGAUUGCAAACAGCCACAACCUCAUCAUCACCGUGAAGCCUGCUAACCAGCGGAACAAUGUUGUUCGCGGUGGAGGAGGAGGAGGAGGAGGAGGAGGCGGCGCGUCUGGAAGCUCAGGACGCUCAUCAGACAGCGGGGCCAGUUACUAUGGCUACUCAUCACACGGCGGUGCUGCAGCCUCCAUGCCGUCGCAUAUCAUCCAGAACUUCCCUGUCGGGGAGCUGGAGAGCGACGAGGACGACGAGGACCUGGUGAUCGAGGUGGGAGGCGAGGCCGAGCCAAUCAGACACUCCCCUUCCAACUACAGCAUGCCAUCACUGCCCCGGUAUGAGCCGCACCUCAACCUCCGCACUAACACCAACUCCGCUUCUGCUCAUUCCAUCAAUGCCAAUGGGACCCUGCUAGCCAGCGGCAGCAGUGGAUCACUAAGCUACGCCAACGCCACUUCGACCACUCCAUCUCCAGACAGAGCAAUGGAGAGGCAGAGCCUGGAGGAAGAUGGCACUGUUAUAACUCUGUAGACAUUCACACACUAAACACUGGAAACAAACGCAAAAUACUUCCUCACACAUUUGGGGGUCAUGGACCGGCAGUUCAGACACAGGUUCCAUCGUACAGUGACUGUAUCUGAGAAGCACAAUGAUGUGUGUACAUAUUACAUCUGACAGUUAAAUGUUUGUACAUCCCAACAUGUACACGACAAACACUGCACCCUAUACCUUGCACCUCUACAUGCCAAUAAUCACGCAUGUGUGCCAUAGUGGUGACUGGCCCCCAUCCUAAGUUCUUCAGGCACAAAAUUGUCGAAGAAAAAGAAAAAGUGUAGUUUUUGUUCUCCACUACCCUCCACUUUAUUUUUUUAACCACUAGAAGCACUUGUUUUUAACCCCAAACUGUAUUUCUGCUGAAUUUCCACUAGAGGGCAGAGAUGAGAUAUUGUCAUCAAACCAUUUGUGGACUAUCUGGUACUGUUUUGUUUUUUUGCCUUGUCUCCCCACACCUCCACCCCUGCACCGUACUACGUCUCCCAGGUGACCACAGCCCCCGACAGAAUUCUAUCCUACUAAGGCAAUUGACCAGUAGCUGAGACCUGCAUAAAACCUUUUAGUUUUUGUUAGGGGGCGAACGACCUAAAAACAAAGCAAGUCUUUGUGUAGGUUCAGAUGCUUUUUUUUAAACCACUAGUUUUAUUAGUUUUUCCUCUUUAUAUGCUGUGUUAAUGACUGAAAGGUUGAUGAUUUUUAAUAAUAAUUAUUCUUCCCAUAAACAUUAGGCCUGUAUCUUUAUAUGAUUUGCAUAUUUUGUUUAUGUAAAAUUUGUUUGAAUACAUGAUAGGGCUGUCACUUUUUCUAAAAAGGGUUAGGGUUAACCAUGUGCAGUUCCCCCUAGCCCAAGGUGUCGUGAGCCUUUACUUGCUAGCGUUCCUCCAUUUUUGUAGCAAAACAAUGCAACAUAACUGACCUACUUUAUUGAUGGCAAUUGAUCAAGCUGACAGUGAUCGGCCUCUGCUGGAUCGUCUGAUGUGCUUCUAGACUAAAUGCAGAACAUGUCAUUAUAGGUCAAAUAUUAACUUAUCUUCCCACGUUGGAAUUUAAGUUUUAAUUUUGAAUAUAAAGUGACAGCCCUAACGUAUUAAUGUAUCUCACAGGUCACGACAUAGACCAUAUUCCAUCUGUUUCACGUCACUCACGUAAAAUUGCUUCUCCCUGGGAAUUGGACAUGUUAGAAGUAAUAAUCCUUAAUCUUGCACACCCUCUCCUUUCCAUGACAAGGGCUAUUUCCCCUGCUGCAUGUCUACAAAUGAGAAAAUGUGAAUGUGACUUUAAUUUGUUUGUGUUUGUGUGUUUGUUUGUUUGGUCUCUCCCCCUUGGUUCUGUCUGGGCCACAACACAAUAUAUCUUAUCUCAGUGCUGUACAAUAUAUUCAUCUCUUUUUAUCCAUAGGCCCUGAGUUCACUUGGAUGUGUCCUGAGUCAUUCACAUAUGAAAAGUGAUCUCUCCAGUGUUUUUGCACCGUUUCCUUUGUGUAUCAUCGUUUUCAUUGAACUCAAUUAACGACACUCUAUGAGCGAAUGCUUGAUUUUGAAUCUGGGCCUAAAUUGCACAUCGAUUGUUGGGCUGUAACACUUUUAGCAAACACAACCACAGAAAUAAGUUGAAAGGACUGGUAUACACACACACACACACGCACACAGUGACAGUAGAGAAACUUCCUGUAUCUCAAAGUAAAGCCCGGUUGAGUCACAUUGAAACAAACACACUUGCAGGUACACUGGGCACAGACUGAUUCACUUUGUUUGUCGAAGGUGAGGCUGGUCCGCUGAAAGUACUGCAUGUCUUUUACUGCAAUACUGUUUUCAUAAACCGUUCUUAAAAACCGUGCGACCUUCAAGGCAAAUUUCAGAUGUUGGGAGCUGUAGAAAUUUGAUUUGAAUUUUACGUGGCAGAGUUGAUCCUAAUCAACCAACAAACGUUUACAUGACAUUAAAUUGUAUGUGAGGUAUUUAUUGGUCCUUGAAUCUAAAUUAAUUUGCUGCUGACAUUACUUAUUGUUUGAGAAGCGGUUCACUGCCUCUCUGAAGUCAAAGCAGAUGGUCUUUUUAUUAGCAUUUUGCUGUCCUGUAAUAGGUGAUAUCUUUAACAUUAUUGCUCAUUGAAACUUUGACUCCCAACAUUAGCCAUUUUCAGACAACUCUGGAGAGCAGGGUCUGAACUUUCUCUGCAGUUUGCCUUUCACCCAUGGAGAAUGCCGCAGUAGAUUCUCUGCUCAGACGCGUUCACAACAACACAGGAAUCUCCGGAGCGUUCAGGUGAAGAGUGAUGCUGAGGCAGGAAGUAACGUUAGCUGCAGAGAUCACGUGUUUUGUUUACAGCACAUCAACACCGACGUUGUCUUAUCACCAAAAAGCUCUCAUGACAUCUCUGUCGGUGUCUUCUACAUGAACGGCACUUAUGCAAAAAUACAACGUCAUGUAUCCGUCAGCGAACACCUACUGGAUUGCGGUGAAUCCUGCAGACGAUAUCCUGCCGUUUUCUUACAUGGGUUCAAUCGGACACUAUGCAGACUUUUUACUCGGGGGGGGCUUGCUGGAUAAAGUCCGGAGCCUGUCACCUACACAUUUGUGUUCUCACCUGAAGCCCCUCAGGAGAAUGACUGGAGAUUAUCUGGAGUUCGGUGAAUGUCUGAAAAGCGGCAAAGUCUGUCAGUAAGGUCUAUUGGUUUCAUUUGAGCCAAUACUCACUUGUAAUAACCAUAUAAUCCAUACCACACCAUUUAUCAUUGUAAUUUUCUGGUUAUUAUUGAAAUCACAUAUCACAUAUAUAUGUCUAUGACUGGAAACCAACACACAGGACAUGUAUGUGCAUCCACCAUUGUAUUUCACGAUAUAUGUACAAGGUACUGUUUCUUUAGCCUUUUUUUGUUAUAGUCGCGCUGGUGAAGGUUAGAUUCUGGCUUCUUUCACUCCCAACAUCAAGCACAGUGAUCAAUGGUACUCUUGAAAGGAUUUUUUUUUUUUUUUUAAAUCAAUGUUAAUUUAUUUUCUUUAUCUCUUUACCACAGGACACUGGGAUUGUAACCAUGGCGGCAUUUGUUAUUUAUUCUCUAAUCAUUGCUUUGCAUAUUCUCUGUUCACAUUGUACGACUAUUUUAUAUAUUGAUUGUUUUGGUUGUACAUCUCAUGGUACAGUAGAUGUUAUUGCCCAUUAGGAGACGUUUUAAUCGCUGAUAUCCCUGUUCCUCCUGACGCAAGAGGAGAAUCUGUGCAAGACAUGACACUAUUAUUUUAUUUUUACAAACUGUGAAUUAUCAUUAUUAUUUUGUGGGAGAAAAGAAACAGUUCUGUCGGUAUAAUUUCAAAAGAUGCGACUUGUUCUUUGCUUUUGAGUCUUUACUUUUUUUUUUAAGUGAUUGAGCAAUGAUUUGUUUUUUUUUGCUAGCCAGAUAAAACCUAUGGUAUAGAUUUAUAAUGAAGAUUGUCAGUAUUUUCAUAUCGAUGCUAUAUAUGAUGAUGUACAUUUUUAUCACGUUUAAUGAAAAAUGUUUUAAGAUUCAACUGGAGACUAAUGAUUAAAUAGAUAUACACCUGUACUGAUUUAAGGAGCUGGAUAAAAUAAAGUCAUGUAGCAACCCUCA